AUGUCUUCAUUUUGGAGUUCAGCUACCCCGUCCCACAACGUAGCCACAAAUGAUCUCAGCAAAGAUGCUACGCUUUCAAUGCCACCGGAUGAUAGCAUCUCCUCUUUAUCUUGGUCGCCAGCUGCGAACUUCCUCGCUGUAGGAUCAUGGGAUUGUAGGGUUAGGAUCUACGAUGUUCGAACAGACCAGACGGGGACAGGCGUUGCGGCCAUUGACUUCGAGGGUCCAGUCCUUGCAUGUGACUGGUCAAAGGACGGCACUAAAGUCGCAGGAACAGGCGCAGACCGAACUGCCAAACUCCUUGAUCUAACCGCAAACGGAGCUCCGGCGCAGAAGGUCUCCUCGCAUGACGCGCCUAUCCGCUCAAUCCGCUUUUUCGAAAUUCCGAAUGCGAAUGCGCCAAUGCUAGCGACCGGCUCCUGGGAUAAGAGUGUUCGGUAUUGGGAUUUGAGGCAGCAGAUGCCGGCAGCGACGCUCGUGUGCAAGGACAGAGUAUAUGCAAUGGAUGUCAAGGAGCAGCUGCUUGUGAUUGGGACGGCGGAGAAACAUAUACAUAUUGUAGAUCUGAAUACACCGACUACGAUCUUUGAGACGAGAGCUAGUCCGCUCAAGGAGCAGACGAGGGUUGUGAGCUGUUUUAUUGAUGCGUCGGGCUUUGCCGUGGGGAGUAUAGAGGGGAGGUGUGGGUGUCAAUAUGUUGCGCAGAAAGAUGAAAGGUAUAGCCUAAGCCCUCGUGAGAGGAAAUUGGAGCUAAUAAUGUUGUACAGCCGCAACUUCGCGUUCCGCUGUCACAGAACUCUACCAGACAAAGAUAGCAUAGUCCAAGUCUCCGCCGUCAACGCCAUCUCCUUCCACCCCGUCCAUGGCACCUUCAGCUCGGCAGGAUCAGAUGGAACGUUCCAUUUCUGGGACAAGGACGGGCACAAUCGGCUCAGGGGAUAUCCAUCUGUUGGGGCACCGAUAUCAGCUACUGGUUUCAAUAUGGAUGGGUCGAUUUUUGCUUAUGCCGUCAGCUAUGAUUGGCAUAAGGGAUAUGCGUUCAAUGGUCCCCAGCACGUUAAUAAGAUUAUGUUGCAUCCGAUUGCGCCAGAUGAUUGUAAGCCAAGGGCUACUGUGACGGUAGCUGGUAGGAAGAGAUGA